ACCCAACAGAAAUAAAACGUGGAGAUGGAUUAAGUUAUGGUUUCCGCUGGAAUUGUGUGUUUAUUACUUGUCAUCAUGUGAGGCAGAGCUGGAGGAUGACUGGACAACUUCAUCAUCUCGGUUACACAGGGGCAGGAAGAAUGGCAGCUUUCAUAACGAACUGUGCUGUGAUUCUUUUAGCAACAUCAACCUGCUUCACCUGGUCUUCAGUCCUUUAUAGUCCCAACAGAGCAGCACCUGCAGAACCCAAGAAGCUGCAGUAUCUUCUGGAGCCGCCUGUCUAUGCAGAGGUGACCGGCCGAAGGGGGGACAACAUCACCCUACCGUGCAUCCUCAGAACCAAGCCCAACCAUUAUAAGAUUAAAUGGACUAAGCUGGAGCCUGGACAUGUUGGACAUGAGAACAUCAUCAUGAUAUCAAAUGCAAAUGCUUUCAAGCCGUACGGGCAUCUUGGACACCGGGCUUCUCUCCGGAAGGCUCACACGAUGGAUGCCUCCCUGCAGCUCCGCCGUCUAGACCUGAACGAUGGGGGCAGGUAUCGCUGUGAGCUAAUCAAUGGCAUAGAGGAUGAGAACGUCAUCAUCACCUUGAGGAUUGAAGGUGUUGUCUUUCCCUAUCAGAGUCAAAUCGGUCGCUACAAGUUCACGUUCCAUGAAGCCAAGGAGGCUUGUGCUGAGCAAGAUGGGGCUUUGGCCACGGACAGCCAGCUCUACAGAGCCUGGACUGACGGCUUGGACGUGUGCAAUGCUGGUUGGCUUCUUGAUGGAACCGUUCGCUACCCGAUCAUUCACCCCCGACCGGUCUGUGGAGGAGAGCUGCUCCCGGGCAUUCGCAGUUAUGGCCCAAAAGACAAGAACCGUGAUCGGUUUGAUGCGUUCUGCUUCACCUCUCAGACGUCUGGCUCCGUCUUCUACAUAUCCGGGGCUUUCUCCUUCGAUCAGGCAGCACACGCCUGCAAACGUCAGAGAUCUGAGAUGGCAUUGGUCGGCCAUCUUUAUGCUGCCUGGCGUUUCCAGAACCUGGACCAGUGUGACGGUGGUUGGCUUAAAGAUGGCAGCGUGCGGUUUCCCAUCAGCAACCCCAGGAAACGCUGCGGAGGCAUCCCAGAGGCAGGGGUGCGCUCGUUUGGGUUCCCCAACAAGACAAAACACCUUUAUGGAGCAUAUUGUUACAGGUAGCUCAAAGUUAGGAGAAAAAAAGCAGAUCAAUGUGUAGAGAGAGCUAUUCGUCUAUUUGUCUGAGCAUGAAAUAACCAAAAAUUGACAGCUAAGCUGCUCUAUAUAUCAAGUUGAUCUGACAUUUAUCCCAAAGAAGAAAUCCACAUGGAAAGUCAUUGUGGAAGAAAAAAACAAACUCUAAUCUAGUAAUUGGAUAAAACUGUAGUUAACCCCCAGAAGAAGGAAUGAACACAUAUGGAUAGACAGAUCUAUCUAUGUAGUUAUGUAGUGAAAGGAUUGGAAGCACAUGGGAUAUUUUACACAUGUACAAUCAUCAUGCAUUUAACCCGUAAUAACAUCUUAAUUAAUCCUCAAACCUGCUAUUGUGCCCAUCG